CUCAGAGUUUCUGUGGAGCGGGGAGGGGAGAAAUAAUCUCGGGAUAAAAUCGUUAUUUCAUUAUUUUUUUACUUUUCUUUACCCCCAAUUAAUUCAAAGGGAUCUCCACGAAGCCCUCUGAAGUGAAUACAAUAUGGUUGUAGUUACAGCAGGGGCCGGGGGCGCCCAUAAAGUCCUCCUCAUCUCUGGGAAGCAGAGCUCCGGGGGCUUGGGGCGGUCGGUGUCCGUCGUCCUGCCGUCCUCGGCUCACCAAUCCUCGGAUUCGGACUCCAGCGCCACCGCCCCUCCUUUGCGGAAAAGACAGAGGCUCACACAUCUGAGUCCUGAGGAAAAGGCACUUCGAAGGAAACUAAAGAACAGAGUUGCUGCACAGACAGCAAGAGACAGAAAAAAGGCCAGAAUGGGAGAGUUGGAGCAGCAAGUGAUUGAGCUGGAGCAAGAGAACCAGAAACUUCACAUGGAGAACAAGAUGCUGAGGGAGAGGACGAGCAAUUUGCUCGGGGAGAACGAGGAGCUCAGGCAGAGACUGGGGUUGGACACCCUUAAUACGAAAGAGAAGGUCCAGGUUGAGUCCGGGGUGAGCGAUUUGGUUUUGGUGGCCGGGUCUUCUGAGUCUGCAGAACUCAGGCUAUGUGUGUCCGCAGCAGGUGCAGGCCCAGCUGUCAUCAAGUCCGAAGAAUUCACCACUGAUACUCACGCUCCUGGCCAUGCAGACAAUGAGUCUGAUCUCUUGCUUGGCAUUCUGGACAUCCUUGACCCAGAGCUUUUCUUCAAGGGUGGUCUCCCAGAAGUAUCAGAGCCAGAGCAACAGCAUCUUCUGGUGGGUGCAGCCGGAGAGCCGCUACCUGCCUCCACACCUGGAGCUCUGGGGACCCCACCAGUUAAGCUGGAGGCCCUUAAUGAACUGAUUCAGUUUGACCACAUCUACACCAAGCCUGUUGAGGUGGAGCAUGAGGAGAGCGUUGAGGAAAUGAAGAUGGAAGAGAUCCCGGAAGAAAGCGUGGCCUUCUCGACAUCCGACGAAGAGGAGAUCGAAGUGGAGGUGGAGACGAUGUCCGUCAAGGACGAGCCAGAGGAGGUGGUCAUCCCUGUGACCGAUAGCCACACGAUUGGGGUUGACGACUUCCUGUCAACAUCUCCUUCCUUCGACGGCUACGAGAAGGCCACGUAUUUGACAGCCGAUGCAUACAGUGACUCUGGAUAUGAAAGGUCCCCCUCCCCUUUCAGUGACAUGUCAUCGUCCCCGUUGUGCUCCGAUGGGUCCUGGGACGACAUGUUCGCCAAUGAACUCUUUCCACAGCUUAUUAGUGUCUAAAACCAGUUAUAUCGGUUGUAAAUGACUUAAAAUCUGCAAUUUUCAUUAUAGUGUAAUACAUGACUACCCUAUGCUUCAAGCUCAUGUACAAACAGCACAGUAUGCAUUUUUUUUUUCUUUUUUUCAUAUUCAGACCAAAGUGAUUGCUGUUUUUGAGUCAGAUGUGGUGGUCCUGUUGGGAUUUAGUCCCUGAAAGACGAUGGACGUUGGAUGGAAGUGAACCCAAUUCACCUGAUUCACAUUCAGUAUUUAUGUUGGGGGAGGGAAUGGGGAGAAUUGUUUUUAAAAAGGAAAAAAAAAACAGAUCUAUUUAUUUGUGUACCUUCAGUCCAGAGUCUCCUGUAUUGUUAUCUGUCUGCUUAAGACGAUGCUAUUGUAAAAUGUGUAAUUUUAUUAGCGCUCUCCUCCUAGAAUCAUCUACUGCAUUAAAAAAUUGUGCAUCACA